GAUAUGUUUGAUGAAUCAAAAAGUGGAAGUACACUACAAAUGCCUAGAAGAAGGCUAUCAACAUCAUUUGAGGCUAAAAACAUAAAUGAGGAAAGUGCUAAAAUUGUAGAGAUGGACACUUAUGGAAGGCCCAAAUCAUCAAGAUCCAGAAGAACAAACUCUUGGGCUUCUAAUCCAUGUGAUGAUGAUUCAUUUGAACCACCAAUGUUGUCUUCACGGGCCUCAGAUUGGGCCCAACAACAUCAACACUCCAAGUUGUCAACAACAGCCCAAAGUACACCAAGGUUUGCAAACAACUCUUGUGGAUCUAACACCCCUGUUACACCAAUAGCCGAAGGUGUUUGUGUUGAUAGCUACUAUUUUAGGAACAAUUAUUAUGACAAUAAUUAUCCUAAUUAUAUGGCGCUAAAACACAAUCAUUUAAGUGGUAUUACAAUGCAAAGAUCAUGUUCACAAGCACAAGAUAAAAUCAAUUUCAAGAAUGCUAUCAUUGACAAAAUUGAAAAUUCAAGAGAGUUCACUCAUUGA